GCCCAGACCCGCUGGCCAGCGAGGCCCAGUCCGCAAGCUCCGGAUACCCGGCCAGACGGAGGUGGUGAGUCGAGGCUGGCUUUGCGCCCAGGGCUGCAGUGGCGGCUGCCGUGGCGCCUGGCCGAACACCGCGGGUGCGGGAGCCCGCGCCUGGGAUCGCCACCUGUGCCGGCGCAGGGUGGGCUCCGGGCGCUCCAUGCUGCCAGCCCUGGGGCUGCUCCGCAGGCCCAGCGGCUCCUGCGAUGGCGGCGGAACAGGAGGAUACAGCGAGAGGUAAAGUGUUGCCAGAGGACAACCCGUUCAUUGUUCCCAUGGUUACCAAUCACAUGAGCCCAUGGACAAAACCCACAGCUACUGGCUCCUUCAGCCCACAGGUGACAGAGUUCCCAAGAAAACGAAAAGGAAGUGAUUCAGAUCCUUCCCAAGAAGCUCACAGCCAGACUGAGAAGCGGAGGAGAGAUAGAAUGAAUAACCUGAUUGAGGAGCUGUCUGCAAUGGUUCCACAGUGCAAGCGCCUGGCACAAAAACUGGACAAACUCACAGUUUUAAGGAUGGCCGUUCAACACUUAAGGGCUUUAAAAGGGAUUACAAAUUCUUAUACAGGAGAUAUUUAUCGACCUUCAUUUAUUCAGGAUAAUGAGCUCAGACACUUAAUCCUUAAGGCUGCAGAUGGCUUCCUGUUUGUGGUUGGAUGUGAAAGGGGAAAAAUUCUCUUCGUUUCUAAGUCAGUCUCCAAAAUACUUAAUUAUGAUCAGGCUAAUUUGACUGGACAAAGCUUAUUUGACUUCUUACAUCCAAAAGAUGUUGCCAAAGUAAAGGAACAACUGUCUUCUUCUGCUAUUUCACCACGAGAGAAGCUAAUAGAUGCCAAAACUGGUGUGCAGGUCCCCAGCGCCUCCCUUGCGGGAAGGAUGCGCGCAUGCUCCGGCUCCAGGCGGUCCUUCUUCUGCCGGAUGAGGAGCUGCAAGGUCUCCGUCCAGGGCGAGAGUGAGAGCCUGCCCGACGCAAGGAGGAAAGAUCACAGAAAAUUCUGUACUAUCCACUGCACUGGUUACUUGAGAAGCUGGCCCCCGAGUAUCGUUGGAAUGGAAGAAGAAAGGGACAAUAAGAAAGACAGUAAUUUCACCUGCCUUGUUGCCAUUGGGAGAUUACAUCCACAUAUCGUCCCACAGAGCCGUGGGGAGAUUAAAGUGAAACCAACUGAAUUUAUAACGCGUUUUGCAGUGAACGGAAAAUUUGUCUAUGUGGACCAAAGGGCAACAGCAAUUUUAGGAUAUCUGCCUCAGGAACUUUUGGGAACUUCGUGUUAUGAAUAUUUUCAUCAAGAUGACCAUAGUAAUUUGACUGACAAGCACAAAGCAGUUCUACAGAGUAAAGAGAAAAUAUUUACAGAUUCAUACAAAUUCAGAGUGAAAGAUGGCUCUUUUGUAACUUUAAAAAGCCAAUGGUUUAGUUUCACAAAUCCUUGGACCAAAGAACUGGAAUACAUUGUGUCUGUCAACACUUUAGUUUUGGGACACAGUGAGACUGGAGAAGCAGCCCCAUCACUUCCUUGCAGUGCUCAGUCAUUUGAAGAAUCCUCCAGAAGGUCCUGUAUCAGUGUGCCUGGAAUGUGUACUGGAACAGUGCUUGGUGCUGGCAGUAUUGGAACAGAUAUUGCAAAUGAAGUUCUGGACUUACAAAGGUUACAGUCUUCUUCAUCCCGCAGUGGUUCCAGCCCAACAGAUUUAAUGAACGACAUUCACACUGUCAACUGCAGGAAUGUGUCAAGUAAGGAGUUGAUUCCACUAAGUCCUCCUGAAAUAGGGAAGCUGGAAGCUACAAGGCAAAACCACAGCGUUGUUGCUCCCCAGGAACCCCUCCUAGGUGAUGGUGCCCAGCUGGAUUUUGAUGCCUUCUGUGACAACGAUGACACAGCCAUAGCUGCCUUCAUGAAUUACUUAGAAGCAGAGGGGGGUCUGGGGGACCCCGAGGACUUCAGUGACAUCCGCUGGACAAUUUAGCAUUUGAUUUUUAACUCCAAAAAUGAGAACAGUUUUGCAGCAUUUCUUUUACAAAACAAAAAACAAAAACAAAACCCUGUAUAUUCUUCUGUACUA